AUGCCUCCCCCACAAAGACGAAGACGACCCGUAGAGGACGAAGAGUCAGAGGAGGAAGUCAGACAUCCCAGGCAACGGCGCAAUCACGACGAAUCGGCCGACGAAGAAGGCUCCGAAAAUGGUGUGGUAGAUGCGGCAGUCAGCGCAGAAGACCAACUUGCCAAGAAGCUGGUGCGAUAUGCUCUGGCCUGCGAGUUUUCCCGGACACCUAUCCGUCGAGAUGGUAUCAAGGAGCGAGUGCUUGGAGAUCAGGGUAGAGCCUUCAGGAAAGUCUUCGAUCUGGCGCAACAGCAGCUCCGCGCCGUCUGGGGCAUGGAGCUGCGGGAACUAGCAUCCGGCUCCCAAGCAAAGACCAGCUCGGGCGUCUUCGUUCUAUCCUCGACACUGCCUUCCGAAUACCGCGCCCCGAACAUCCUCGCCCCCUCAAAAGCACCGAGCAGCGAUGCCGAGGCCUCUUAUGUCGGCUUCUACACCAUGAUCGUGACCAUCAUCUUCCUCAGCGGCGGCGAGCUGUCAGAGCAGAAGCUGCGGCGACACCUGAAUCGCCUCAACGCCGAGGCCAACGUGGCGGUGGAGAAGACAGAGGACGUGCUGAAGCGCAUGCAGGCACAGGGCUAUGUCGUGCGCAAGGUGCAGAAGAACGCGGCGGCGCAGGCGCAGGACGGCAGCGAGGAUGUCACAUGGCUCAUUGGGCCGCGCGGGCUCGAGGAGAUUGGUGUGGAAGGGGCGGCCGGUAUGGUGCGUUCUGUCUGGGCCGACCAGGCUGAUGCGGAACUGGAGAAGAAGAUUGGAGCCAGCUUUGGGAUUCGCCCGGCUGAAGAUGCGGAUGGCGACGUGGAUAUGUCACAGGCUGAGGCUGGGCCGUCGCAUUGA